AUGAGCAAUUGCAAGUGGCAAAAUCCAGCAAAUGGCACUAGCAACACGGUCCGUUGGACUAGAAAUAAAGGAAAAACACCAACUUCCAAUACUGGUCCAAAUAAUGAUCAUACUUUAGGCACUCCAGCAGAUAUGGGGAGGGAAUUGGCGAUCUAUCCCUAUUUGGCUAUUCAAAUAGAGUUUAUACACUUUCUGGCAACAGCGGGCAGCGAUGGUACCAUGUUAACAUUAACUUCUCGCCUGGGCUUCACAGGGUAUAGUAUCACAAUUCCCCGAUUUUCUGCACUCCUUGGUAACCUUUUGAGAGUAUUAACUAGAACUGUUACAUUUUUCAAAGACUAA